CCACCAACACAUUUUAACACAACAUAUAUAAUCAUUCUUGAAACACAUAUUAUCAUAACUUUAUAACACUAACUCUCUAUAAACCAAUCCAUUCUCGGAAACAACUCGUAAAUGUUUGUUUUAAAAGUUAACGGAAGAAAUAGAAACUAAAAAAAAUAAAAAUAUGAAAAGUGUAUUUUGCGCUGUCUAUUUAUUACGGGUGUUUUGUUGGUAGAUGAGGGGGUAAUUGUGGAGGGUAGAGUUAGAAGACGCGCGAAAAUGAGGGCGCGUGGGUAAUUUAAAAGGAAAAAAGGAAAGGACAGAGAAGGAAUAGAUUUUGAAAUGGAGAGCGUGGACUUGUGUAAAUCAAGAGCAGUUUAAAGAUGUGAUGCGUGUCUACUCUCCAGCUGUAUCCCAACUCCCCCCCCAUCUUAACUACUUUACAGGAACUCCCGGUAACCAAUCCCAUAACCCCCUCUCUCACCAACGUCUAACCUUCCACCUCCUCUUCCGGUAACCCUUCCCCUUCCUUUUAUAUAUCCCCCUAAUCCCCAGGCCGCCAUUAAAAUCCCUCUUCUAAACCUUUUUUUUUCUUUUUUCUUUUGCUUCCAUGGCCAAACAAAUCGAUCGAAUCAAAGGCCCUUGGAGUCCUGAAGAGGACGACGCCCUUCAAAGAUUGGUCCAUAAAUACGGCCCUCGUAACUGGUCCUUGAUUAGCAAAUCCAUUCCUGGCCGCUCCGGCAAAUCCUGUCGUCUCCGAUGGUGCAACCAGCUUUCCCCGCAGGUCGAACACCGAGCCUUCACCCCCGAGGAAGACGAGACUAUCAUUAACGCUCAAGCUCUCUACGGAAACAAAUGGGCUACCAUCGCCAGGCUCCUAUCCGGUCGGACGGAUAACGCUAUCAAGAACCACUGGAACUCCACCUUGAAACGGAAGUGCUCGUCCAUGGCUGACGAGAGCGGGGGUUGUGAUGCCACUUCGCCACCGUUGAAGAGGUCGCUUUCUGCAGGUCUUUAUAUGCCUCCAAAUAGUCCUUCUGCAUCCGAUGUGAGCGACUCUGGCUUCUUCCCUGCUGUGUCGUCCUCGCAUGUGUACCGGCCAGUGGCGAGAACCGGCGCCGUUUUGCCUCCCGGGGAAACGGUGUCGUCUUCGAAUGACCCACCAACAUCGUUGUCGUUGUCGCUUCCGGGUGCGGACUCAUCGGAGGUUAAUUUUGUGGCGAAUUCUGCACAGGGAAUGGGUGGAGUUUCUGAGAGACGAAGUACGGGGUUGGCGUGUUCGGCAGCGAUGAAUGGAGAAGAACGAAUUUCAGGGGAGAAGGAGGAGAGUAAUAGUAAUGGAUUUGGGAUAUUUGGCUCGGAUUUAAUGACGGUGAUGCAAGAGAUGAUAAGGAAGGAGGUGAGAAACUACAUGGCUGGAUUAAUGGAACAGAACGUUGGUGGGGGUGGCGGAGUUUGUUAUCAGCAAGCUGCCGCCGGUGGGUUUAGAAACGUCGUGAUUCAGAGGAUUGACUGAGGAAGUCACUGUAAGUAAAAAAAAGGGGGGGGAAAGAAGUUUCCAGAAAAGGAGGAAAGAAGAAGAAGAAGAUGGAGGAGUUAAUAAUGGGAAAUAAUUAAUGUUUUUGUUUCGUUAUUUUGGUUAAUUUUUGUUUAUGUUUAUGUUGAUGUAGUAGUUUGUGAAUCCAAGGAGAUGGGGAGAUUUGGGGAUUUUGAUGAAGGAUGAUGAAGUAAAGAAGAACAAGGCGUUGGGUUUAUAUGGAGGAAGAUGAAGAUGGUGAUGAUAAACUUUGAAUCUUCCAUUGAUGAGAGUUUCAAAAACCAUUUGGAACUGAAGCUUUUGAAUCUGUUUCUCCUUUUUCCCUUUUAAAUUAAAUAUAAAUAUAUACCUAAAUUUUGACAUGAAAAAACAAAAAAAAAAAAAAUUGAAGCAAGAAUCAAAUAGAGUUGAAUUUGAAUCCAAAACCUUUUUAUGAUUGAA